AUGUUUGAAGGAAUUUUAGAAAAGUUUUUAUAGCAAAAACUUGGAAAAUAUAUUGAAGGAAUCGACAAAUAGAACUUAAGUUUUGGUGUAAGAUAGUUAGAUUUAAUAAUAUAGAUCUGGAAUGGUAAUAUAUUACUCGAAAACCUCAAGAUCAAGCCAAAUGUUUUCGAGAAUCAUGGUCUACCACUUCGAUUAAAAUUUGGUAAAAUUAAGAAGCUCAGCAUAAAAGUUCCUUGGACAAGACUGACAAGCUCUCCAGUGGAAUUAACUCUUGAAACUCUCUACUUAGUUGUUGUUCCUAAGCACUAAGAUGAAUGGGAAAUUAUCGACAAUUGGAGUUUUUAGUAUAAAAAGAAAUUGUUAGAUGAAUUCACUUAAAUAAUGGCUGCCAAUCUAAAAUUGGCUCUAUAAUCAAAGAAAGAUUAGAAAGAAGAUGGCUAUGUUGAUAGAUUAGUUACAAAAAUCGUAGAUAACUUACAACUUAGAAUUCAAAAUAUCCAUAUUAGGUACGAAGACUCAGUUUCGAUGCCUGGAAGAUUCCAUUCUCAAGGAUUUACUUUGAAAGAGUUAAGCAUAAAUACUACCAAUGGAAACUGGGACUCAACCUUUUACGACAGAAUGAUGAAAGAAAACAAAGAUAAGCCAAUCUAUAAAAGAUUAAAAAUUGAUGGACUUGCCAUAUAUCUCCAGGUCGAUGAUGAAAUCUAACUUUCAAAUUUCGACCAAUAAAAUGAAGAACUAAAAAUUCAAGAUUCAAAUCGAGGGGAAUCUGAUGAGGAUUCUAGAAUUGAAAAGAUGAUGGAAUCAAUGUUCAGUAAUGGUGAUGAAUAGAUCGCUGACAUUUCAUAUUUCAUUUAGCCGAUCAAACUUGAAAUAAGACUAACUUAAAUUACAAAGAUUGACAUGGAAAAGCCAAUGUUUGAUGUUGAGGUUAUUUUAAGCGAAUUCAGUUUGACUAUUUAGAAAAAACAAUAUGAAGUAAUAUUCAAGUUCAUUGACUUUAUUCAAUAAUACUAGAAAUUCAGAUAGCAAGGACCAAUAUUCCCAAUUUUCUAUGAGGAAACUAAAGGAUGGGAUAUGCUCAGAAGAAGUUUUAGUCAGUAAAUAGCUUAAAAGAUGAACAAGAAGAAAAAUAUUUAGAGUAAAAACGCAGAAAUAACUUAGACAGUAGAAGAAGCUGAGAUUGAUGUUGAUGAUGAUGAUGAAUUCUUCGAUGCUUUGGAAGAAUAAGUUUCUAAAGAAUAGGAUAUCAAAGAAGAUUAGCUAGAGAUUUAGGAAUCGUUUAAGGAUGUUGAGGCCUAAUUCUAAAAUAAUAAUGCAGUUGAGUGGUGGAAAUACGCAAUUGGUUCCGUUUUGAAAGAUAUUAGGUUUAAGAAAGGAUCUUGGACGGAAUUCAAGUUAACCAGUUGGAGGAGAAAGCAGUACUCAAGAUUAUUAAUCCAACUAGUGCGAAAAUGCUUAAAUGAUGAUUACAUAAUUUAAUACGAGAAACUCAAAGAAGAAGAGAGAUUUCUGUAUAACCACAUUAUCUAGGCUAAUGAUCUUCAAGAUUUAUAGAAUUGGAUUGGAGUAGUAAUUAAAAAGAAAAUUGAAAAAGAAUAGCUGUAAAAGGAACAAGAGUCAAAAGAUGGAAUCUUAUCAUACUUUUUAUCUUGGGGAGGAGUCAUGACUGCGCAUAAGGAAGAAUAAAAAACAGAGGAAGUAGAUGAGGAAGAAUUCGUAUUAAAUGAUGAAGAAAUAGAUUCAAUCAGGUAAUCAAUAAAAAACUCAUUAGCUGAAUUGCCCUCAUUUGACAUUAAUGAUCUUAAUCUUACCGAAGAAUAGAAGAAAAAUAUCAUUAAAUUUAAGCUGCAAUGCUAAUUCAAAAGUGGAAAAAUCAACUUAAUUGAUGAAAACGGUUAAAAGGAUAAAACUAUAGAAUUUGUGCUAUUUUAACAGGACAUGAUCGCAGAUUUUCUCUUAAGAAGAAAUGAGACAUUUGAGCUCAUGAUUAGAAACAGAGAUGCUGGUUUAUUGUUUAUAGAGAGAAAUUUAGAAAAAGAGAUAAUCUCCAAGAAACAUAUUGUUGGAAAACUAAAUCACAAUAAAAUGUAGCAAAAUGAAGAUCAUCAAGAAAGCGUGGAUGAAAACUAAGAGAUCCAAUAAUCAGAAGGACAAUCUGAAGAAUGCCUCUGGGAAAUUAUUAUCUACAAUCAGAGUGAAAAACUAGAUUCUCCUAUCAAACUGGUUUAUGAUGCUGCAGGCAUAUCUGCUAUUGCUGAUUUCUUCAAAGAAGACUACACAGAAGAAAUUAGAGCAUAAGCCCUAGAUAAACUAUCAUCAAUCAAAGACUAGACCUCAGUCUCAGUAUAGGAUCUUCUCUAUAAAAAAUCGAACAACUUCAAAAUCAAAAUUGCCUCUCCAAUUAUUGAAAUUCCAUUCAAAGCUCACAACAGUGAGUUUGUAGGAGAACCAGAAUAAUAUAGAGAUAGGACAUGGCUUGUCAACCUUGGAAAUAUUUAAUUUGAAAAUAGCAAUGAAAACGAGGACAAAGUUGAUUAAUAUGAGAGAUUUUAUCUAAGAAUAGACUAAAUGGGUCUUUAAUAUAUCAAGCAAGGUCAUUGUGCUGAGGUUCUUGAGGAAGUUACUUUGAAAUUAGACGUAGGUGUAAAAAAUAAGCUCAAAGCAGCAAUACUUUAGUUAGAUAGUGAAAAUCAAAAUAGUUUAGUAUAUCCAGAGGUGAUUAUUAAUGCCAAUUUGCCUGAUCUUAAUCUAAAUAUGAGUCCCGACAUUUAUAAUGGCUUAGUCAACCUUAAUGAAGUCUUAAAGAGUAAAGGAGCAGAAGAGGAUUUACUUCAGCUGAAAAAUACGAAGGAUCAGCUCAUCAAAGAUUCAUAUUUCUAGUCUGAUUUAUUAGCCAGGGGUAUUUAAGGAUCUUAUCUUUAUUUCUAUAAGGAAAAGAGAGAGUUGAUGCCUUUGUACUAUAUAUUUUUGUCUGAGUGCGAAAUAGUUUCAAGAAUAAGUGAGCCUGAAAUUCAAACAUUAAAUGUCGAUAGCAAGGAGUUAAAGUUUAUGCUCUUGGUAACAUAAAAAAGUGGCUAGAAAAUUUAUUUAAAAUUCUAAGACAAUCAAUAAAAAGAUGAUUUUAAACAAAAAUUCAUACUGAAAUAACAAGAGAUGAUGCAGGGUCAGUAUUAAGUUAAGGGGAGGGAAGCCAUAUCUGAAAUAAUUCAUAAAAAUCCAAAUGAAAUCGGACUAAUUCUAAAUUUCGCUGUUGGAAAUAUCUAAUUAAAGAUAUGGAAUCAAACUGAUUUUAUACCAUAGAAAAAUAGAGAGGCUAAUAAUAAAUUUUGGCUUUUGGCAAAAAUAUCGAACAUGAAUCUUUAAAUUACUAAAUAUGUCUAUGAAGUUAAACUCAAAUUUGAUUUAUCAUCAAUAAUGAUAGAAGAAGCUUAAGAUCUAAAAAAGGUACUACUAAAGAAUGAGGAGGGCAAGAAUCUUUGUGAAAUUUUAAUUGAUGUUUAUGAUAUAUAUUCUCCCAAUAUUGAAGACUGUGAAAUAAAAGUUGUUGCAAAUCUUGGUAAACUAUAUUUGCUAUUUGAACCAAUUACUAUAAAUGAAACAUUAAAAUUUUUCAGAAAUGUCAAAUCAUCUAGAAAAUAAGACAUAGAGAGUUUGAAACAUAAGCUAAUGCAUCAAGAUGGAGAUUAAAAUGAUAUGCUAAUUUAGAAAAAAGUAGAUGUUUAGACAUGCAAGUCAAUAAAUUUAAUACUCAUUAAAGCUAUAAUCAAUGCUAGUGGAAUAUCAAUAGUUAAUUGCCAUCAUAAAUAUAGAACUCCAUUGUUUGAAAUGAAUAUAGGAGAUUCAAAAUUCAGCUAUGAAAUGCAUUAUGACCAUGAUAUAAUUGAAGGAACCUUCACAGAUUUUAUUGUCUACGAUUUAACAUCAUAUCCUAAGACGAUUGAUCCAAGAAACGCAGAAUAAGCGGAUUUAAAUAAGAUCAGUAAAUUGGAGAAAAGAGAAAUUAUCGGUUGUAGGGAUAAAGAUGGUAUUAAGAGCAACUAAGUGUACUUCAAGACAAUUCUUUAUACUGAAACUUGUCCUCUUAGGAUCCCACUAAUGACAUCCCAACUUAUUCUGGAUAUUAGUGCCAUAAAAAUAUUAUACAUCUAUGAACUAGCUUUUAGGCUCUAGGAUUAUUUUUUCGACAAAUUUUUAUGGGCUGUUACAGACACAGACCCUUAUGUAUGUAUGAUUGAAAAUUAAUCAGACGCAGCAAUCAGCAAUAUUGGAUCUUAAGAUAAGCAGACAAUAAUGAAUUUUGAUCUAAAAUAGAGUAAAAAUGAAAUGGUUAUGGAUAUUAAAAUUCAUAGACCUUAUGUAAUUCUUAAAGAUAGGCCAUAUUCCAACUAAAAGAUUGAGGUUGAUCUUGGAGAAAUGACAAUAACUUGCGAAGAACUAGUUGAAGGCAAAAGAUUUUACAACUGCCCAGAGAAAGAGGUUCUGCUGACCAAUUAUAUUAUAGAAGCCCUAGAUUUAGGAAUCAAAUAUAUAGAUGAUAAUCAAGAAUUUCAGUUAACAGAGGAUUUUGAAUUGAAAGUAGAUUUUUCAAAUUUAAACCACUCACCUUAUUUAAAGGAUAUCGAUACUCACGACUUUGAUAAAUCUUAUAAUGUGCUAAUCUAGUUUAAGCCGCUCUUGCAAUUAAAAUUGACUUAAGAAAUCUAUACUUUUAUUCUCAAGUUAAUAGAUUUAAACUUUUCCUAUACAGAUUAUUUGGAUGAAUUCUAUUAUUUUAAGAAUGAAGAAGAGUACUUUAAAACAAAAGAUGAGCUGAAGAAAGCAUAAACUACUUUUAUAACUUGUUACACUCAGAUAAGUUUUUAUGAAAAAGAUUAGUUAAUUACAUAGCUGGGUUUCAAGGAACCUAAUUUUGUCAUCGAUGUAUUUUUGAAUAGAAGGUACAACUAUGAGAUAACAUUUGAACAGAUUUGCUGCUUUUACACAUAGGGGGAUCUAAAGCAAUUACUUUUUGGCAAACUUAGGCAGCUUCAUAGGAUUCCUUAAGAUUAAGAUCCACUCGAUGUUCUAGCAAUGUAUCAAGAAGAAGAGAAUGAUGGUGAGCAGUAACCUUAGCAAACAAACUAACUAAAAAUCAAGAUUUCAAUGUAUCCAAAUGGAGCAAAAGAUUUUGUGGUUUAAGCUGGUCAAAUAAAAGUAUUCGUGCAUCCUUACUUUUACCUAAUACUUUACAAUUUCUUCACAGAAGGAAUGCCCACUUAUGAUAUUAACAGCUUUGACAAGCCAAAUGAAUACAAUUCUAACAUUGAAGACUUGCCAGAAAUGAAGCUGGAAUUUAAACUUAAAGAUACUUUAGUUUGCUUUGCUCCUGAAUAGUAACAGCAGGAAAAAUAAUAUAAGACUAUUGCAUGCUAGUCAUAUUUAGAAUAUGAAUUCAAGAGAGAAAAAAUCAGAAGAAUUAAGAAUCAAAUGUGGGAACUGUAUAAAGAAUCUGAUUCUUAAGAUCUAUUAGGUAAAAAGCCUGUUUAACUUCCUAUAUCUUGGAUGAGAUUAUAAGGGAUUUCCGUUUGUCCAUUUAUUUGCGAGCUAGAUGAUCUUGAAACUUAUGAGUUUAAUGAUAUAAGCAAGAGAUAGAUUAUUUCUCCUUUUAAUAUUUCAUACUUUUACGCAAGAUAUCUUCAAUUCAGACCAGCUGAGAAUAAAAUCAUAAACUACGAAAAAAGUGAAAUAAAAAUGGACAUGAUUAUGCUUAAAAUCUCCUAUUAUGAUGCCAAGUUACUUUAUGAACUUUCCUAGGAAUUUUCUGCUAGUUUUAUUAAAUUUAACGACUAUUACUCAGAGUGGUUAAAGAAAAAGACUUAGUAGGAAAUGAUAGCCAAUUAGCUAUUUAUGUUUGACUAGGAUUAAUAGAUACUCAAAAGAAAUGAAUCUAAUGUUUAUAAGUCUACUUAAAAAGCACUGGAAAUGCUAACUUCUUUAGGAGGAAGAAAAAAUACAUUCAAGCCUAUGAGAAAAGACUAGUUGAUUGAAGAAGAAUUUAAAAAUGAAAGUUUAGCUUUUAACCCCAGAAAAACAUUCCAAGAGCACUAUGAUUAGGAAAAUAGGAUUGAUUCUCUUGAAAUUGACUACGAUAAAAUAGAACAAAGAUUGAAGAGGAUAUAAUCUUCGGGUAUUUAAAUCGUAGUCAUUAAUGAUUAUAAUAAUACAUUCUACCCCGUUAUUUCAGCAAAUAUCUAUAACUUCCUCUAUAAAAUGCAGGAAGAAUAUGAUAAAAAGGUAGGCGAUACAUAAAUAAAGGGAAUGGUUAGUUAUUACAAUUCCAUAGCUGGUGAAUGGGAACCUUUAAUUGAGAAAGUCAAGAUUUAAUAUUUAUCAGAGAGCCAGGAUUAGUAGACAAAGAUACUACUUUAAUGUAGAAAUGACUUAAAUUUAAAUUUCACUGAGUAGCUCAUGCAGACUUUGAUUAGCACUUACAAGUAGCUUGAUGAUAAAGAAUAAGAAGAGAGCUCAUAAAUGCAAAAUCUUAUCAAAGAUAACAGAACCACCUUUAAUAAUAGUGUUGUUUCAAGUAGCACCAUGAAAAAAUAAGGAAAGAUCAACAAUGAAUCUAAUAAAAAUGAAUAUAAAGUAACUCCGUAUACUAUUGUCAAUUACUCUGCUAAAAGUAUUGUAGUCAAAAGAGUGUUUUCGAGUGAUUUGAAUAAAAGAAAGAAAUCCAAUAUCCCAAAAGAAUAUAGCUUAAUGCCAGGUGAAUAAGUUGACUAUGAAGUUGAUUAUGAGGAAGAAGCCAAAUAACUAAUGAGAAUUUCAAGGGAUGAACUAGUCAGAAAACAUGAUUACAUAAAUGUAAUAUUUAAUUAAGGAAUACCGAGCAGUGAUAUUAAAGAUGACUACAUUGGAUUCGGAGUAAAAUUUGAAAACAUGAGGAAGGUGUUUAUGCUUAGAUCCCCAUAUGUGGUUAAUAACAUGACAGAUUAGGAUUACUAGCUUAAAAUUCUAGAGGAAGAUGGAAAAACUAUAAUUAAAAUUGUUGAAUUUAAACCAAUGCAAUGUUACCCAAUCGGGUAUGAAGAUAUGAAUCAGAGAUUCUCAAUUAGCAGUGCCUUAGCUCCUAACUAAUGGUCUAAUUCAAUUAAAUUCAAAACCAUUAUUGAUAAAGUUCCUAAGAAUACCACUACCUAUCUUUAUCAUGGGAAGUAAUUUAGUGUGAUAACUAAGGAAAAAAGUGAAUUCAAAAAGUGCUACAAUAUCAAUAUCAAAACCCCAGUUAUAAUUAAAAAUGCACUUCCAUGCAAUCUCAGAGUAAGAAGCAAACUUAUCAUUGGUGAAAGGCUAAGACUAUCAAAGCAACCUUAGGAGGAGCAAGAAUAUGAAUAUGAAGUGAGAGAGUUCUUCAUCCCGAAAGGCUAGACUUUGCAACUCUAUAAUUACAAUCUCAAGAACAUGGUAAACUUCAUGUUUAAUCUAGACAAUGAACAAGGCCUGACAUAAUAAGAGAAUCAAGCUAUUUAAAAUCAAUUCUCUUGGUUGGAUGUGGCAAUUAAAAAUACAGAAUUUAGAAAUGAAAAAACUUUUAUUGUUAAAGAUGCAAAUAAUAAGGACAGCUAAUUGGAGGUUUGCGCUAAAAUGUCAUCGACAAGAUAGGCUGGUGUGCAGAUAACUCUUUACGUUAAGAAUGUAAUUAUUAACAAUACCGAUCAAAAGCUUCUAAUUUACUAUGAUAAGAAAACUCCUGCUGCUGGAUAAUAGUCUGCAUCUGAUAACUCAGUGGUGCUGCUUUCAAGUGUAAAAAAUAUAAUUUUGAUGUUGAUAUAGAAAUAAAAAGUAAUGGCAUGCAUCGAUACGGGGGUAAACGCUAAAAUAUUCUCAGAUCAUUUCAUAAUUGAUGUGGCUGCAGUUACUAAUACUAUACAAAUAAAGAAAUCAAAAUUCUCAGUAUUUGAAUUCAAAGUCAAGACUUAACUCUCACUUGCCUGUACAUAAUAAUCUGAAAUUUAUUUAUUCUAGGAUGAGAGUGUUGAAGAUCUGCAGAUUAUACUGUCUGGCUAGAGAAUGCCGUUUUUCUACAGUGAUGUUAGAAGGGCUCAUCUAAUAUCAUUUAAAUGCGUAGAAAGGGAGAAUGCGGAAUAUGACGAUUUAUCUCAUGAUUGGACAUUUAAAUUCUCAUUGAACGAAGUCGGACGUAUUGCUAUUAUAAACAGAAGCACGAAAUCAUUAAACCAAAGCAAGUUUAUUCUAGUUGAGAAAGAUCUUUAAGAGGCAAACUAAAUAAUGUUUGUUACAUUUUCAGAGGAAAAUCAGAAAUUUCCAACUUAUAAACUUGAGAAUAAGUCAAAGCUAGUCAAAUUGCAAUAUUAUCAAAAAGAUCAUCCUCAUAAUUCUGAUGUAUUGCUGCCUGGAAGAUCUUCCAUAUUUUCCUGGACUAAUCCCUAAGCUGAUCAGCAAAUAACACUUAAACUUUAUAAAGAAAGGCACGAGAUCGACCCUAAGAAUGAAUUCCAGAAAAUUGAUAUUCAGCCAGAUAAUCUUGAGCUUAAUCUAAAGAUAAAUCUUCCAUAAGAUAUGAAGAAAGAGGGGUAGAGAUUUUUAUUUGUAUAUGCAAUCACAAAUGGAUAUUCAAAAAUUGUUACAGUUUCUGAUAUCUCGCUUGAUGAAGUAUUAAAAAGAAAGAGUGAAGCGGAAAAAUCUGAGAUUGAUACCAUACCUAAGCAAGUUAUCGAUAUUCAGCUUACUUCUAUAGGAAUAUCUUUGCUAGUUAAGACUUAUUAGCAAAUUAGAAAGGAAUUUGCUUUCGUGUAUCUUGAGGGUAUCAAAUUUAUAGUGAUCGAAACUGAAGAUAAGAGAGAACUUCAGCUUAAGAUAAACUACUCUUAAAUAGAUAAUAACAUAGGUUCUAAACAGAUAUUCCCAAUAAUCAUGUAUCCGAAAGAUUUGGUUAAAAAGAGAGAUCAGAUAAAAAAGGCAUAGAAGGAGAAAAAAUCUACAAGCAAUGAGACGGUUAAGGACUUCUUUAAUUCAGCCAUAUUUAUGAGAAAAGAUGUGCCUAACGUUAUAUUCUUUGAGCAAAUUGAUUUCCUCAUGCAAACUAUGGUUCUUUAGAUGGAUGAUGAGCUGAUAGGAUAUAUCUAUAGAUUUUUAUCUCAAAUAACUGAUAGUCUUAAUACCAAUAUAACUGGAAUCCACGAAGUUUUUAGGUCUGGAAAUAUUGGAAAUGGGGAGGACUGGCUGAAUUAUGAUGAAUCAAUCGUAAAUUAACUUAAUCUAAGAAUGAAUGACGAAGGCUAACUUUAUUAAAUACAAGAAUCAAAUUAUGAGGAUAGUGAUGAUGAAGAAAGGAAAAAUGAGUCUAUGAAACAUAGUUAAGCUCUUAAAGAAGAUUUCUUUGAUACUGCUUUUAGAUCUUAGACCGAAGUUUAAACUUCUUAGAAUAAGCAGAAGUAUUAACUUUAACAAACUAUGUAGCUUGGUUCAACUAAUAAAUUAGAUCCUAAAAAGCCAAACACUCCAAGAGACCUUUCCAUUAGAAAGAGCAAUGCAUUCAGCUAGCAACACAGCUAAUCCUGGCUAAAUUACAAUAUAGAAAAUAAAGGUAAAAAGCUUUACAUUAGAGAGUACAAAUCUAGUCCAAUAGAAAUAGAACUUUCCUUUUUAUCAAGAGUAAAGAUGGAUAUUGACUAAGCAGAGAAAUAGUUUAGUCUGAUUGAUAAGUUUAGGACAUUUGGACUAACUCUAGCAAAUGUAGAUAAUGCUCCAAUUAGAAUAAAUUCUCUGAAAUCCCAAAACAUUUUUGGAACCCCUCAUGAAAUUGCUCAUCUGCUAAAUAAUCACUAUAGUGAAAGAUUGAAGAAAAAUCUAUUCAGUCUUGUUGGAUCAAGUAAUAUCUUAGGAAAUCCUACUAAUUUUAUUCAGCAUAUGGGAACAGGAGUCCAAGAUUUCUUCUAUAAGCCUAUUGAAGGAAUGGUCCAAGGACCAUUAGAAGGUGGAAAAGGGCUGAUUGAUGGAACAAGUAGUUUAAUCAAGAAUACUGUGCAAGGAACAUUUGGAUCAGCCUCAAAGAUGAUUUCAUCUGUUUCCAAAGGUUUACUGUUUAUUACUGAUGAUAUGGACUUUAUUAAUAAAAGAGAGGAGGAUAACAUGGAUAAGCCCAAGAAUGUUUUGGAGGGAGUAGGUUAUGGACUAAAAUCAACAUUCACUGGUAUAGCAUCUGGAAUUACAGGAGUGAUAGAGAAUCCUUAUUCAGGAGCAAAGAAGGACGGAGUUACUGGGUUUUUGAAAGGUACUUAUAAAGGUGUAAGUGGUUUAGUAGUGAAACCAAUCAGCGGUGCCUUAGAUUUCUUUUCAAAAACAUCAGAGGGUAUUAAAAAUACUGCUUCUUCAAACGAUAAGCAGGUAACUAAAAUUAGAUCAAUGAGACCAUUUUAUGGAAAGUAAUAGUUGAUCAAGGUUUAUGAUGAGUUUCAUGCUUAUGUUGUCUAGCAUUUGAUGAAAAUUAGUAGAGGAGCUUAUUCAAAGGACCAUUUUAUUGAUGCACUUCACUAUGCUAAUCCAACUGUAAACUGGACAAUUGUUCUGACAGAGGAGCAUUUACUAUUGGUCAACUCAGUUACUAGAGAAGUUAUUAAUUCAUUUGACUCUAUGAAUCUUAAUAAUGUGAAGAAACUUGGUUAGAAUUUCAUAUAAGUAAAUGUUCUGAUAAACGAGAAUGGUUACCAAACAAUAAAAGAAGCUUUCAGAUUACAAUUCGAUGAUCCCAAGAUGUUCGAGAGAUACUAUAAAAAGCUUAGAUAUUACAUCUAUAAAUUACAAUCAGAAAACUCGUGA